CGAGGGGGGCGGGUAUCCGUUAGCGGCCGGUGCUGGGUCCCGGGCCGCGGCCAAGAUAUUGGCGACACGCCAGGACCGAGGGCCGGGGCAGGCGGAGCCGUUCGCUGCCUCGUGCUCGCCGCAGCGGCGCCGGCGGCGGGCGCCGGCGAGGCCCACGGGGAGAGGAGGCGCAGCCCUGCCGGUGGGACGCUCGGCCGGGCCCCGGCCCGCGCUCAACCGGCGCGAUGCUCUUCUCGCUCCGGGAGCUGGUGCAGUGGCUGGGCUUCGCCACCUUCGAGAUCUUCGUGCACCUGCUGGCCCUGUUGGUGUUCUCCGUGCUGCUGGCACUGCGUGUGGACGGCCUGGCCCCCGGCCUCUCCUGGUGGAACGUAUUCGUGCCCUUUUUCGCCGCUGAUGGGCUCAGCACCUACUUCACCACCAUCGUGUCUGUGCGCCUCUUCCAGGACGGAGAGAAGAGGUUGGCAGUGCUCCGCCUCUUCUGGGUCCUCACGGUUCUUAGCCUCAAGUUUGUCUUCGAGAUGUUGUUGUGCCAGAAGCUGGUGGAGCAGACUCGGGAGCUCUGGUUCGGCUUGAUCACGUCUCCGGUCUUCAUUCUCCUGCAGCUGCUCAUGAUCCGCGCCUGUCGGGUCAACUAGCCUCAGGCGGGAGUGAACUCUGGACGGCUAGCAUGCUGGACCCCAAGCUGAGUUCCUACUUCCACCGUACCAAAGGAGAAGUCUGGGUCUGAAAGGAAAGCCAGCUCCUGCCCUGGCGAGUGCCCAAUUUUCUACCAGUCCAUGUCUGAAAUUGUUCCCUCAGCAGGGCUAAAAAGAGCAGCCUUGAUUCUUAAAAUGUAUUUCCUGUUAUUUCAUGCUUUGAAUAGCUAACCCUGAAUUGAGAUCCUGAGAAGGACCCCAGGCCAUUUCUCUGACAGUAAAAUGUCCUGAUGGGCUCUGCGUAUGUUUAUGGAUCCUGGGAAAGUACUCUCUGUGCAAGGGCUGCAGAGCUGGUCUUAUGGAUUUCCUCUGCCCAGAAGCACUAACCUAAGAGCUCACUGCCCCCUCCAUCUGGACAAGACUUAGAUGCUUGAGCUCAAAGUGUAAACCAGCUUGUGUCUCCUCCCCUGAGCCACUGGGGAGGAUGGCCUCUUCUUCAUUCCAGCUCAGGCAGACAGGAGUAUGUUGAGUAAGCACGACUGGGACCCUAUUUGGAGAUCUGUCGCCUGAGAGAACUUUGCUUAUGAAGCGCUGCUUGGCUUCCUAUCCCAGCGGAUUGCAUCGUCCACAAUUUUUCCACCACCACCUUGUGGCCAGCACUGUUAGCACACCUGAGACAGAUUUAGGCCUCCCUCAAGGGACCAGAGAGAGGAACAGCUUUGAUGCUCAUAGGCAUCGAGACUUGCAAAUGGUCUUGGCCCACAUUUGUUGGCCUGAGGUGUUUAGUUUAAGGUGCCAAAUGAGAACGUUUGCUGAGAUAAAAAAUAAAAUAAGAGAAUGUUUUGCUGA